UCUCUCUCUCUCUCUCUCUCUACAUAAUCAAACCCAUUUUGCUCUCUCUAAAACCUAUCUCUGCCUCUGAAUGCAUGGCUACCUCAGUUCUCAUGGCUUCCGAGAAGAACUUGGCUGAGUUGGAAGACUUCUCUAGAUCCGAGAACACGAAACAGAGUGGAAGAAGAAAGUCGAAAUCUAACGAGUCAGUCCCAAAGAAGAAGAAACAACCACAGCGAGGAAUGGGUGUGGCUCAGCUCGAGCGUCUCAGAUUGCAAGACCAAGACCGCUGGAAGAAGAUAACCCAAACAACAACAACAAACCCACUUCCACAAUCUCUCAAUCCCUUCUUUCCACCAUCUUCUUCGUUCCCCAAUCCGAUUUCAUCCAAUGGGUUAGCACAGUUGGGUCUCAACCAGGCUUUGAUGCGUCAGAGGAUUCGAAAUGGAUGCUUCUCUGGGACUGAUUCGUAUGGAUUUGGAGGUCUGAAUCUGGGUUUACAGAGUGGGUUCAAUGUGGAAGAGCUCUCUUCAAUCCCAAACUUAAGGUCAUAUAAUUAUUACUCUGAUGAUCAACACUGUGGUCUCUGCCACAAGAAGAAGCGCGUUAAUGGCGAAAACUUUGGGCUAUGUCCCCCGAUCAAUGGCUGUGAUUUUCUAGGAUUGAAUCUACGAAACAAGCGAAUUGUCGAUGGAGAGAAUCAGGAUCUUGGCAUGGGAGCUCUGGGUUAUGGCGGUGGCAAUGUUGAUCAGGAAGUGGAGGUUGUGGCUGUUCAUAGGAAGGGAAGCUCAGGAGGAGGAGGUGGAAAUGUAUUCAUGGAGUUUGAGUUCUUUCCAGGGAAAGAUGGUGUCAGAGGCACUUCUUCCAAGGACUACAUGGACUUAACAGGUGGCUCUUCUUCAUCAGAAGCUUCAGUUGUUGUUGCUGCAGAUCAAGGUUCUUGUUUCACUGCCCCAACAACAACAUUCACUGGUUUUGAUUCCUCCUCUACUUCUGUUGAUUUGUCUCUCAAGCUUUCUUAUUAGCAGCAAUACACAUGGGUCUUGUUUGUUUUUGUUUUUUGUCUUUUCACAUUUGUGUGUAAUGCAUGUGAUCCAAGCACCCAAACACAGCCUUUUCAUUACCCUUUUCUUGUCAAACUACUUUCUACUUCCAAAAUAGAGCAAUACAUGUUUUUGAUUCUUGCCAAUUCUCUCUCUCUCUCUCUCUCUCUCUCUCUCUCAGAAUGUGUGUCAGUGAUCUCUUGCUUUAAUUUUCACUCAGAUUUUGUGAUCAUGCAAU